AAAAGCCUAUCCCCAUCUCUACUACUCUUCGCUUAUAUUAGAGUAUGCAGUAGAAAUUUAUUCAACAACGAGAAAAGAAACGAAACAAAUUAAACCAACUUAUGGCCACUUCUUGGACUGAAAAAAUAUCAAUCAACAGGGAAAGGGUGGUAAAGGAGCUCGUUCAAGGCCAAGAAUCUGCAACUCAUCUUCAAUUUCUCCUCGAGAAACCUUACGGAGAUAAUGGGUUUCUCUCAGCUAAUGAGCUUGCGGUCAAGAUCUUGAGAUCUUUCACUGAAGCUCUUACCCUGCUAACUUGUGAUUUUGUUCAGAAUUUUCAGAACCAGAUAACUUCCCAAGGGGACUCAGCUUGCUGUGAUGACCGGAGAUCUGAAGAUUCCGGCGAGAGCAGGAAGAGGGCAACUACCAAGGAGAGGAGGGGUUGUUACAAGAGAAAGAAGACUUCCCAGUCAUGGACAACAGUCUCAGAUGCAAUAGAAGAUGGUCAUGCAUGGAGAAAAUAUGGGCAGAAAGAGAUCCUCAAUGCUAAAUACCCAAGGAGCUACUUUAGGUGCACCCACAAGUACGAUAAAGGGUGCAAGGCAACGAAGCAAGUCCAGAGAAUGGAAGAAGAUCCACAAAUGUAUCAAACCACUUAUAUUGGUCACCAUACUUGCGGUGAUAUUCUUAAGGUUCCACAAAUCAUCACAACACGAGAUUCUUCUCCUUGGGAAUCUUAUAAGCUUACUUCCAAUUCAAACACUCUUACCCAAAUGGACCAUCAACACCAUCCACCCACCAAAAUUAAGCAAGAAUAUAAGGAAGAGAAUCCAAGCGAUCUAACAGAUAAUCUUUCAUCUUUGGACUCUAUCAUAUGGAAGGAUCUUGUAGCAUUUGAAUCAGCUGAGCCUGGUGAUCUUGUAGCUUCUACAGAGGCUACUUCUCAAAGUUUGGACAUGGAUUUUGCGGUGAAUUCCAUUGAACUUGACAGUGAUUUUCAUUUUGAUGAAAGUAAGUUCAACUACCUAACCUAAUAAGGUAGAAAGCUGUAGGUUUUCCCUUGUUAUUGUGGAAUAAGUAGCCGGCAUGAUUGUGGCCAUUCUAAUUAGCCUCCAAUAUUCUCAUUCUCAACCUAAAAUUCUGCUGUUCAUAUUGAAAAGGAGUAUGUGACAAUAUUGUAUUACUGUUUGCACUUUAUGUGCUUAAUAGCGAGAGACUUUCUAAUUCAAAUGACAAAAAGUUUUGAUCACCAA